AUGGCACAUCGGAAGCUCCAACAGGAGAUUGAGAGGGUGUUUAAAAAGAUCAACGAGGGUCUAGAGAUAUUCAACACAUACUAUGAGCGACAUGAGAACUGUACGAACAAUCCUUCGCAGAAGGACAAGUUGGAAGGGGACCUCAAGCGGGAGGUCAAGAAGUUGCAGAGGCUCCGGGAACAGAUUAAGACAUGGCAGAGCGCGCCCGAGGUGAAAGAUAAGGAUGCGUUGCUGGACUAUAGACGAUCAGUGGAGGUAGCGAUGGAGAAGUACAAGGCGGUGGAGAAGGCGUCGAAGGAGAAGGCGUACUCGAACACGAGCUUGAAGCGGUCAGAGGUGCUUGAUCCUGAGGAGCGCGAGCGGCGAGAAGUAUCAGAUUACCUUUCGGAGAAGAUUGACGAAUUGGAACGGCAGUACGAGCAGUUGCAGGUAGACAUGGACCGGCUGAUAGGUGGGCGCAAGCGCCGCGGCACGGCGCAGGAGGAGCGGAAGCUGGAGUUGCGACAGCUACAGGUGCGUUACAGGUGGCACCAGCAGCAAAUGGAGUUGGCGCUUCGCCUUUUGGCGAACGAGGAGCUUGAUCCGCAGGCCGUGCGCGACAUCCAGGACGACAUUACGUACUUUAUCGAAUCGAACCAGGAGCCGGACUUUGUAGAGGAUGAGACAAUAUAUGACUCGUUGAACUUGGAUGCGAACGAGGCUAUUGCGCACGAGGUUGCAGCAUCGUUUGCUGCGCAGGCAAAUGAGGAAUCGGACGACGAGCAGCGUGAUAUGUCAUGCUUGUCGAAGAAGGAGCAGCGGCGUCUUGAACGCGAGGCAAAGCGAGCUGCCAAGCUGGCUGCGAAGGGCAGCCUAGACAGCAUAUCUUCGACGCCUGUGACUUCUGCACCAAGCUCCGCACUGGAUCACGAGCCCACGGACGAAGUACAGGACCUGGCCUCGUCAUCCGUGGUACCGAAAGAAGACGAUCCCCCGACGCCGGCGUCCAGCCAGUCUCCGUCCCCGACGUCCACACCGUCAUCUAGCAUACCAUCCACAGCCAAUACCAUUGCAACCCACACACAGUCGUCUAAGCCACAGACACCGCUGGCCAAGCCACGGCAGCUAACCCACAUCUCCCCAGAACAUCAGGGGCAUACCCAUAUACAUCAAACACUAAACGGCGUGACCACAAGCACUCUAAAACCAGCGACAGUCCCUGCUAAACCAGCAGGUGAGUUGAAGUGGGCCGUCGCUGCUGCACAGGCGCUAGAGAAGGAAAAGAGGGAAAAAUCGGCGUCUCUGAUGGCCAUGAAGACACAGGGCGCUUCAUCACCAAGAGCAACUAUGGAUAUGAGCUCGACUUCCCAGCUGACAGACGCCCAUUCUAGUUCCAACCGGAGUGAUACCGUGUACAGCACGCAUGCCGAAGAUCGGGGCCAUUUAUCAGGUGAUAAUAAGGACAUCCCGAAGGUUGGGAAUUCUGCUAUUAAGAGUACACAUCUGGACGCUUUGAAGAAGCAGGAAAUGCCAGGCCUAGAGUUAGUGGCUGAUAAUUACGAAUCGGAUUCGACCGAUGACGAAUUACCUGAGGAGCCUAUGCCGAUCCAAUUAGACGUGGAGGAAUAUGAGAGGCGGGGCAGCGUAAGUAACCAAUUGUUCACGGAAUUAUGUCAGAACUUUGACUUAUUGAAAUUGCCUUGUGGGAUACAGGACAUGAUAAUGGGUUCAUUGAUAACAUCACACGAUUUACAUCCUCCCGAUGGUAAGCUAGGUGGAUUUCGGAACUUUCCAGAUAUAUGUCGUGUAACCAGAUUAUUUGAGCUCCCGAGAGGCGUCAAUCCGCCCCAACCGUUGGACGCGACUAGGUGCACCGAGCAAUGGGACUCGGUACGGAUAGGUUUAGUAGACGAAAAAACAGUGGAAGACCAGGAAGACCAAGAUUUGAGAAUCAGCACAUAUAGUAAAUUUAGGGUCUUGGAAACCUUCACGCUCUUCUACGUUUACUACUACGCCUACACACCCUUGGAGCAUGAUAUCGCAGCCACGAUACUCGCGGAACGGGAAUGGCGGGUCUCUAAAGAUGGUGCAACUUGGUUUUUGCGUGAGGGGCAGCCGAAGUUCACCAACGAGCUAUGUGAAGUGGCCGAUUUCAAGAUUUUCAAGCUGGAUGACUGGACGGCUAUCAACAAGAUGAACUUCACGCUUGACUAUUCAAUAUUAAAGGAUUCUCAAAAACCUACAGCUGCAGGGUCUGGUACUGCCGGUAGUACUCCUUCGAGGCAUGGAUCGUUGUCACAUGGACAGACGCUGCUGCAACAGCUGAGAAGAGGUAGUAGUGCCAUGAAGGUUGAACCUUCUCAUUGA